GUAGUCACCAAAAGCCCACACAACGCUUCUCACCAUCGUUCCAGAAGCAGAUUACCGUCCCGAUCCUUCGCACCAUGCCUCCGCCAGUCCGCCGUCACGAAGCAUCCUACAAUGAAGCUCCAUGAAAAUCUAGAUCUACUUCUUCCUCCAACCCCUCCCUCUCCCUCUCCUCACAAGAACUCCCAAUAACGGCAGCUAUCGAACACACUUUGAUUGCGUCGGGUCACCUGCGCUCCCCAUCGCACUGCCGGUGUGCUCAGCCAACAUAUGGGCGACGAAUCUCAUACUUAAAACCGUAGCCAGUUUAGCUAAACAUAAUCGGUGCUAAUGGAGAUCCCAGAAAUUAAUGAAGAAAUAUACUGGCAGUAUGCAGUCAUCUCGAGGCCAAAAAAGGUUUUCAGAACAGAACCUAAACAGGUGGCCAAAGAAAUUGUAAAUGCAAUAAGAAGUCAGCUAGGAUUGUACAUCAUCGCCUCUGACAUAACAUAUAGACGACCUAAUUUCAUCAUCUAUCUCAACAAUUCUCAUCCACAAAGACAAGUAGUGGCCGCAUCACCUAUACGUACAAGGAAUUUUCAGAUACAAAUCGUACCAUGGUCAAGAGAACACGAACUAACCCAGCUACCUUGGAUUACAGAUGGUCUAAAAAUCUGCAUCGACCCACUCACAAUACUUCCUGUACCAUCGCAAUCCACAAUACAACCAGGAACCAAAGCUCUCAAAGACAGCUAUGCCAGCAUGAUAAGCGGAGGCUAUGAACUUAAGGCACCAGAUUACAGCUACCUGAUGAUUUCUGAAUUACGAGACUUCUACUAUGAAAAGUUUGACAUCUUCAAGGCAUGCAAACAUAAAACUAUCCAGGUACAACAACAACUACAGGAUUGUUUAGACCAGUAUCUAAACCAAGGUACCACUAUCUGCAACGCAAUUCAGGCUACUGCAAAUAGUACCAUGGAUGACAGAUAUAGAUAUCUUUCUGACUUUGCUGGUCAUUUAAACCGUGCUGCAACCCAUGCCUAUAUAAACCACAGCAUUAUAGGCGGACAUAUUAACUUAGUUCAAGCACAGCCUCACCAGCCUAUGAACCUUAACGGUUUUAAUAAGAUUCCACCAUUCCAUGAGGUACCGGUCCCAUCAACAUAUGUUACCCGACUAAGAGUUAUACAUGCUGCAGUUAGCAAAGCAGUGUAUAAGGCACAAAGUAUUAUUACAACUGUUGAAACAGCAGCAGGACAGUUCGAAGCAUUCAUGACUAGACAAAGCCUGAUACAGAAGUACAAUGAUCUUCCUCAGACAACUCCAGCGUCAAUUGAAACACUUGCCAUCUAUUACUCACUAAAACAGAUCACAAAUGUCCUAGGAUAUCAAAUUGUAGACCUCAACCAUCCAACCUUGGCAGAACUAAUUGCCAGCAUCAAUAACCUCAGUGUACACAUGAGCCUGUUACAAUGUUGUGUAUCAUAUGUGAGAGAAGACAUAAAUCAGAUCUAUGAAACUUUCAAUCACCUCUACAAUGAAUACGAUAUGGCAUCUGAUGAAAUCAAUGAUAUUACAUACAUACACGAUGCUAUGAAGCGGCUUGACGACACCAUGACAGCUUACCACAGUCACAUUAUAAGUUCAUCAGACGAUUUCACAUACUCAAAGAUCCAAUUUCUCCGCACAUAUUUACAUACCGAAUCACCGAAUGCCAUCCCCGGUCGUUGGCUUCCAGCAGAUAAACCAGCAGAUCAGUUACUGCAGCAGAUCCAAGAUGAACAAUAAACACCGUAACAGGCGAACAGGGAGCAGGUCUAUGACGUCAGAGGACGAUGAAAUAUCAUGGUGUCUUAGCCAUCUUAUUAACUUGAACAAUGCAGUGUCUCAGUCCAGUGUGUAAUAUAUAACAUAAACUCUUAGCUACGAUUUCCCUCUCCAUGUAAAAACAAAACUGUGCCGGACAUAUUAUGUAUAAUAUAUGUUAUCUAUGCCUUAAUACAUAUAUUCAAGCAA